AUGCCUGAGACUGACGCAGGAUAUGAAGAUGGUUUGGAAGAGAGAGUUAUUAAUGAAGAAUACAAGAUUUGGAAAAAGAACACACCCUUCCUUUAUGAUAUGGUUAUGACUCAUGCUCUGGAAUGGCCAAGUUUGACUGCGCAGUGGUUGCCUGAAGUUACAAGGCCAGAAGGUAAAGACUAUUCCAUACACCGGCUUAUUCUUGGAACGCAUACAUCUGAUGAACAAAACCAUCUGCUUAUUGCUAGUGUUCAUAUGCCAAAUGAUAAUGCUCAGUUUGACCCAAACAGUUAUGAUGUUGAACGUGGUGAAUUUGGAGGAUUCGGUGCCGUAACCGGUAAAAUUGAUAUCAACAUCAAAAUCAAUCACGAAGGCGAAGUCAAUCGUGCACGUUACAUGCCACAGAAUCCCUGUGUUAUUGCUACGAAAACUCCUAGUUCUGAUGUUUUAGUAUUUGACUAUACAAAACAUCCAAGUAAACCAGACCCAUCUGGUGUAUGCAAGCCAGAAUUACGAUUGAGAGGUCAUCAGAAAGAGGGUUAUGGUUUGUCAUGGAAUCCAAAUACAAAUGGUUAUCUCUUGUCUGCAUCAGAUGAUUAUACUAUUUGUAUGUGGGAUAUCAAUGCAACUCCUAAAGAAGGUCGUAUUAUCGAUGCUCAAAAAAUAUUUACUGGUCACACUAGUGUAGUCGAAGAUGUUAGUUGGCAUCCAAUUCAAGAAUCUGUGUUUGGUUCGGUAGCGGAUGAUAAGAAACUUAUGAUAUGGGACAUACGUAGCUCUUCUACCACAUGUCCAAGUCAUACCGUUGAUUCCCAUUUGGCCGAGGUUAACUGUUUAUCAUUCAAUCCGUUCAGUGAAUAUAUUUUAGCAACUGGAAGCGCUGACCGAACUGUUGCUCUGUGGGAUCUACGAAGUUUGAAAAUGAAGUUGCACUCCUUUGAAUCACACAAAGAUGAAAUAUUCCAGGUUCAAUGGUCACCACAUCAUGAAACUAUUUUGGCUAGCUCCGGCACGGAUAGACGUCUUCAUGUUUGGGAUCUUAGUAGAAUUGGCGAAGAAAUAUCGGCUGAGGACGUUGAAGAUGGACCACCAGAGCUGCUUUUUAUCCAUGGUGGCCAUACUGCAAAGAUAUCUGACUUUUCGUGGAAUCCAAACGAUGCAUGGGUAAUUUGCUCAGUAUCCGAAGAUAACAUAUUACAAGUGUGGCAAAUGGCCGAAAAUAUUUAUAAUGAUGAAGAACUUCCCUUAACAGUUGAAAAUGAAUAA